AUGGAGAAUGUGUUUGAGGAGGGGAUGAACCCUGUCAUCGUUGCCCACUACAACCACUCUGGGAAGUGGGGUCGACCUCGGAGCAGUGCUGCCUGUAAGACUGUUGUCCUCCUCCUCAUCUGUGUCCUCAUCGUGCUGGAGAACGUCACAGUGCUGCUGGCGCUAUGGAGGAACAAACGCUUCCACACUCGCAUGUACAUCCUCAUCGGUAACCUGGCCCUGUCUGACCUGCUGGCUGGGGUGGCCUAUAUGGUUAACAUCUUCACCUCUGGAAGCAGGACCUUCUUCCUGCCGCCAGCCCUGUGGCUGGCAAGAGAGGGCAGCAUGUUCGUGGCCCUCAGCGCCUCCACCUUCAGCCUGCUGGCCAUCGGCAUCGAGAGACACAUGACCAUGGUGCGUUUGCGUCCGUGCGAGGCGGCGGGGGGGCGGGGGAGGUUACUGGGGCUGCUGGGGGCAUGCUGGGCCGUGUCGGUGCUGCUCAGCGCCCUGCCCUCCCUGGGCUGGAACUGCCUGGAACACCUGGCCUCCUGCUCCACCGUGCUGCCCCUCUACGACAAGAGUUACGUGGCCUUCUGCAUCAGUGUGUUCAGCGCCCUGCUGGUGGCCAUCAUCAUCCUCUACAUCCGCAUCUACCGGCUGGUGACGUCCAGCGGGCGAAGGGUGAGCAGCAGGCCCACGGAGCGCUCGCUGGCCCUGCUGAGGACGGUGGUGAUAGUUCUGGGGGUGUUUGUGAUGUGCUGGGCCCCGCUGUUCCUGCUGCUGCUGCUGGACGUGGGCUGCAGUCCGGAGCGCUGCCCGGUGCUCUACCAUGUGGACUGGUUCAUUGCCCUGGCCGUGCUCAACUCAGCCCUCAACCCCCUCAUCUACACCCUGUCCAGCAGGGAGAUGAGAGCAGCUUUCUUCAGGCUGCUGUGCUGCUAUCAGCCUCACCUGGAGGCCCCAGCCACCAUGGCAGGCAACCCCCACCUGGGGACCGUCAUCCCCACGGCAGAGAACAGCAAGUCCAGUGUGGGGGGAGGAGGGAGUGGGAUAACGGGGGCUGCCAAGUCUCUGACCCGGGGGAAGAUUGCAACGCCCCUGAACUCUAACAACCAGCAUGGAGACCCCUCCACUCCCACGGUGCCACACCUCUCUGGGCCGGCCGACCUGUUGUCAGCGGUGCUGGUCAAGGCUGGGGCACUGCCCUCCCUCAGUAAGUUCUGA